CUUUUGAUACGUGUCUAAUUAACAAAUGCCAUAUAGGGCCCUGCAAUUCGUCCGCAGCAUGUAACCAUCUGCCACCAGAACGAACGACCCUAUCAAUAUCAUAUUCCGUUACUUCAGUAGACAAUCGCCGUCAUGACGACCAUAGGUAACGCCGGAGCGGCCUCUUUCUCCUCCACCUCCCUCCUCAAACCACAACCCCACCACCACCACCGACUUCUCAAAUCAGUCCCAAUUUUUAAAACUCCCAAACAGAAACCGAUCUCUGCCGUCCGUGCCACCGAAAAGCUCCCGGCGAGAUGGAGUCCCGACAGUUGGAAAUCAAAACCAGCCCUCCAAAUCCCAGAUUACCCCGACAAAGAACAACUGGAAUCCGUUCUGAAAACGCUAGAAUCUUACCCUCCAAUUGUGUUCGCCGGCGAGGCUCGGAAACUGGAGGAGCGGUUAGGCGAAGCCGCUCGAGGCGAUGCUUUCUUGCUUCAAGGCGGUGAUUGCGCCGAGAGUUUCAAAGAAUUCAAAACCGAUAACAUCAGAGAUACUUUCCGACUCCUCUUACAGAUGGGUGUCGUCCUUAUGUUCGGUGGUCAAAUGCCCGUCAUCAAGGUCGGGAGAAUGGCUGGCCAAUUCGCGAAACCCAGAUCAGAUUCCUUCGAGGAGAAAGAUGGAGUGAAGUUACCAAGUUACAGAGGUGACAACGUAAACGGCGAUUCAUUUGACGAAAAAUCAAGAAUCCCGGAUCCCAACAGAAUGAUUCAGGCGUACACUCAAUCGGUCUCGACGCUUAACAUCUUAAGAGCUUUUGCCACCGGAGGUUAUGCCGCUAUGCAGAGAGUUAACCAAUGGAAUCUUGAUUUCACAGUGCAUAGUGAACAAGGAGAUAGGUAUCGGGAAUUGGCUCACCGAGUUGAUGAAGCGAUGGGAUUCAUGGCUGCUGCUGGACUCACAAUCGAUCACCCAAUCAUGACUACGACGCCGUUUUGGACCUCACAUGAGUGUUUGCUUUUGCCAUAUGAACAAGCACUCACGAGGGAGGAUUCUACAUCGGGACUUUAUUAUGAUUGCUCGGCUCACAUGGUUUGGGUAGGGGAACGCACUCGACAACUUGAUGGUGCUCAUGUUGAGUUUUUACGUGGUGUUGCUAACCCUCUUGGGAUCAAGGUGAGUGAUAAGAUGGAUCCGAAUGAACUUGUGAAGUUGAUUGAGAUCUUGAAUCCUGAUAACAAGGCUGGGAGGAUUACGAUUAUUUCAAGAAUGGGGGCUGAUAACACGAGAGUGAAGCUUCCUCAUCUUAUCAAAGCGGUUCGUGGUGCGGGUCAAAUCGUGACUUGGGUUAGUGACCCGAUGCAUGGCAACACCAUUAAAGCUCCUGUGGGACUCAAGACUCGUUCUUUUGAUGCGAUCAGGGCGGAGGUGACAGCGUUCUUUGAUGUGCAUGAGCAAGAAGGAAGCUACCCGGGUGGUGUGCAUCUAGAGAUGACUGGGCAGAAUGUGACUGAAUGUGUUGGUGGUUCACGAACCAUCACUUACAAUGAUCUGAGCUCACGUUACCACACCCACUGUGAUCCACGCCUCAAUGCCUCCCAGUCUCUUGAGCUUGCCUUCAUCAUUGCAGAACGCCUCAGGAAGGGACGCCUCAGACGUGGCAUUACCAGUAGCAGUGGGGCCGGUUUUGUUCUUUAGAAAGUUUUUUUCAAAUAAUGAGGAAUAUUAUAUAUAUAUUAUAUAUGUUAAUGAGGAGAUACAACAGUUAUUGUCU